AGCGAUCCUAGCAGCAGCGCGACUACAAGCAGCAGCAGCAGGAUCACGGAGAGCAGCAGCAGCAGCAACAGCAGCAGCGAUUACUACGUGCCUCCGCCGUGGGGCCUUACCAAGGCUGACUAUGAAACUCUGGGAAGAGCAGCCGUUGGUGGUUCUCGCACAGGUCCAGCAGCUACAGCAGCAGCUGCCACAGCCGCAGCAGCCGCAGCAGCAACGCUGCCUAAAGCUGUGCUGCAGGUAGUACGGCAGGGCGUCACCAUUGAAAGCUUCCGACUCCAGGAGCGGCCUUACUGGAUAAUUGGCAGCAACGACCAAGCAGACAUCUUAUACCCUCACCCUUGUGUCUCUCGGCGUCAUUUGGCGCUUCAGUACUCAAAAGAGGCCCCCCACAGCCUCUACGCCGUGGAUCUCGCUUCCUCCUUUGGCAGCACUUGCAACGGGGUACCCCUCGCUGCAUGUCAGCCGCUGCUGCUGCUUGGAUCUCCUGUAGAUGCUGCUACCCCCUCCUCUGCUGCAGACGGAGUUUCUGCUGAAGGGGGCAACAGCAGAAGCUCCGCAUGCAGCACUAAGCCCUUGCUGGCAGCAGCAUGCGAAGAAGAAGGAAGCGAUAGCUGCGUCUUCAUGCUGGGUACACCCGGAACUACUAACAGGCUUUUCGUCGUGGAAGCGGGCUCUGCAGCAGAGGCAGCGGCCGCAGAGCGGGAAGCCGCAGCAGCAGCAGCUGCUGCUGCUGCUGCAGCCGUGAAGGCUAAAGCUGCUGCUGCCGGUACGGCAGGUGUGAAGGCAAAGGCAGCGAAAAGAGACUCCAGAGAGCAAAGGGAGGAGGCGCGCUUCGCCCAACUGCAGCAGCAGCAGCAAGAACUAGAGGAAAAGGCACUCGCAGCUGCUGCUGCAGGUGACGAGGCGGGUGCAGCGGCUGCAGAAGCGGCAGCACAAGCAGCAGCAGCUGCGGCAGAUGCGCUGCAGUGGCAGCUGGACAGCCGCAAGCGCCGUAAGGCGGAAGCCUUUUUCGCUGCCGCAUGUAGCUUUGAUGAAGAUGACGCCUUCUUUGACAGGACAGGAGCACCCGCAGAAGCUGCUGCUGCCGCUGCUGCUGCUGCACAACAGCAGCAGCAGAAAGUUCUAGAUGAGCCUUCUAUUCGGGCAGCAAUAAAAUCUCUUAAGCAGGAAAUCCAGAAUUUGGAGGCGCAACAAAAGAAGGGCGCUACGUCGGCUGCUGCUACUGCACAAGGACCAGCAGCAGCAGCUGCUGCCGCCACGUGCAACAUCGCGGCAGGAGCUGCAGAGCCGGCAGCCGAGGCAGCAGCAGACGCUGCUACACCGCAAGCUGAGGAAGAGGAAGACUGCCUCGAUGCAUUCAUGCGACAAACCCAUGCAGAGCUGCAUGCUGAGGAGCAGCACAAGCUGCAGCGGCAGCUGAGCAGCAAGAAAAAGCAGUUGAAAGAAUUUAAAAAGCUGCUCAGAGUUACAAAGGCUUAA